CCCGGGGCUACGGUUGGAUGUACUGUAGCUGGUCAAAGCUUGUGUGGAGGCAGUGGAUUACAGGAUUUGAAUAACCCGAUAGCUGUUCACCUCGACCAACAAGGCAACAUGUUCGUCUUGGAUUCGACGCACUAUUCGGAUGUUAUGCGGUCCACUGCAGAGAGUGGAGACAUUCUUGCGAUUUCUCAAAGGAAGCAAACAGUCUCAUAUGUAAAUAUUGUGAAAGUUAAGAUAUAAAACUAAUGACUAGUAGUCGCUAUUAAACAUGGCUCACUCAGUAGUUAAGGACAGUUGCUAAUGAAUCGUCCUUCUAAGCAAUUCUAUGUGCACUUGAUAAAUGAAUGGUGCCUAGUAACUAUCGCGUUAUUAAGUAUCCACCUGGCGCGAAGAGUGGUACUAGUGUGGCUGGCAAUGGUCAGCUGCUAAAUGGAUUCAACGCAGCCAUCGGCUUUUAUGUUGAUGCGUGUGAUACCCUGUACAUUGGUGCUACAAGAGGUGUCAUCAAAUUUCCUCCUGGUUCGAAUGGCACUGGUAUCCCAGUUUUGCAAGUCGGUUACACAGGUGGCAUAACAGUGGGUACAGACGGUAGCAUUUAUGCUGCAUUGCGAGGCGAUAAUUUAGUCCAAAAAUAUGCAUUGGACUCAUCGUCAUCAAUAGUAACAAGCGUGUGCUACAAUACCUCUGGACCCAAUAGUCUGUUGUUAUACUUCCCAUUAAAUUAUAAUACCAAUGGUCAAGGAAUAGCAGUUCCAGUUUCAUUACUAGUUGGUACCCUAACAUACACCAACGGCAUUAUCGAUGGAGCAGGUAUCUUCGACGGAAAAUCGGCUUUGUCAAUACUCGAUUCUCUGCUACUUCGUCCAAAGCAAUUCACCAUCUGUGCAUUUAUCAAGCCAACUGUGGCAAAUCAAAAUGGGCGAAUUUUAGAAAAGGGUUCAAGUAAUUCGUUCUGGCUUCGGCUAACUAAUGGUAAGGGAGAAGUUGGAUAUAGUGUUGCUGCUGCGGGAUCAGAUCGUUAUUACAACGAAGCUUUCAGUAGUAGCACCAUACCGAUCAACGUAUGGACGUGUUUAUGCGGCGUCUUCGACGGUCAGACGUUGAAAAUUUACGUUAAUGGCGUCUUGAGUGGAUCAAAAGAUACCAAAUCUGGAACUGUUCCCGAUUUCAGCAUUCAACCGGUUGUCAUUGGUGGUUUAUACUCCGGCAAUGGAUAUUUCACUGGUUCUAUAGAACAAGUGAGAUUGUACAGUCUGGCUCUAUGUGCAAGUGCACUACCAUGCAGCACAUCUCAACAAUCAUCAACGGCAGCACCACGUGAGAUAUUCAAAGUUGAACGGUAUGAUGUGGGUGCAAAUGCUGCAACGGGUGGCGUCGUGGUGGCUGGUGGACAUGGUCCUGGAACAGCUCAAAAUCAAUUGAAUCAGCCGCGAGGAAUAUUCGUUGACUGUUCGAAUAACAUUUACAUAGCAGAUAGUGUACAUUCGCGUUCAACAACUACCUCAGCACUACAUUGCCCAUCUAUCAGAUGGGCACCUGGGGCCACAGUGGGAUGUACGGUGGCUGGUAACGCGAAUGGACAAGCUGGCAAAGGACUAAGUCAACUCAAUUAUCCAAUAGAAGUACAAGUCGACAAACAAGGUAACCUGUUUGUGUUGGAUCAAGGUAACUAUCGUGUUCUCAAGUUCACGCCUGGUUCAUCGGUUGGCGUUAGUGUGGCUGGUAAUGGUAACAAGGCAAAUGGAUUCGAUACAGCAAUUGGUUUUUAUGUUGAUUCAUGUGAUACCGUGUACAUUGGCGCUGCGAAAGGGGUCAUAAAAUUUCCUGCUGGUUCGAAUGGUACUGGUAUCCCAGUUCUCCAAGUCGGCUUCACAGGUGGUAUAACAACUGAUAAAAGCGGUAACUUAUAUGUUGGAAGUAGGGGCGGAAAUGCAGUUAGAAAAUACACAUUGAUAAAAGCGUCAGCACAAACAACAGUGCAACCAGUGACUACAAAAACAAACAAUUUCGAUAUAGUAUUUUGUGUUGAUGGCAUUAGUGGCGAUGUUACAAUAGAAAAGAGAGAUGUCUCACAACGAUAUUCGAGAGCUUCGACACUAAUCAAUCCCAAUUCUGACGCUAACAAAAACCUUAUUUCUAAUCAAUCCGAUUGUGCAAAAUCGACAUGCCAAAUAACUUACGAUCAUAAAAUUCAAAAUUCAAUUGGAAAUACAACAAAUGUAUCAUUAUCAUUGGUAGAUACAAAUAAUAAACCGGUAGUGGUUCCUGCCACAUUUGUAUCUGUAACCAAUAUAACACCAGUAUCAUCCACGCCCAUAACCUCGACACCUGUUGUAAUCCCAGUCGUGAAAAAAUGUGGAGCCGCUCAGUGUGGUAGUUUUGUACCGUGUUCAUCCAAUUCCAAGUGUUCAUGUUUUGCACUGUAUAAUAGUACAGGUGGAUGGUGUGCUGAUGGUACACAUCCUUGCUCUGAAUUAACACAAUGCGGUGUUAACGGACUUUGUCCAGCAGAUAGUUCAUGUAUAGUCAACAGCUGCUGUAACAUUCCAGUCUGUUAUCCGUCAAAAUAUGCGGGUGAUAAUGUGUGUCCGCUGUUAUAA